UGUACUCUCACUGUCACCAUUUUUACAAUUGUGAAUGGAAGGCCAUUAUGAUUGGAUGAAAGACCAUUCUAGGCCGGCAAAGGCUUUUCUUUCCUUUUGUCCAUCAUUAAUUACACUUCGAGUGGAAGUUUCGUUGUCUUGUCACCGGCAAUAAUGCCCACUUUGCUGCGAUGUUCCUUAUAAAUACUGUGUCCGAGCAACGUUCGCCCACAUUCCGCAAGCUCUCUGGUUAGAACUAGUCAUGUCGACCUCAUUGAACAAGAACAUCGACAUCUACGCCUACGAAUUCCUCCCAAACCGCUCUUUCCGCAAGCUACCAUUUCGCUGUGGCUACCACCACACCAGCUACCCUUAUCCCCGGCCAGAGUGCACUCGAUAUCAGCUGACGAACCUCCGCGCGCUUGGGAAGGAAUACCAUGUGUGGUACUCGGAUUCGCAGCCAGGGACGUUUGUGGUGUUCAAGUUGGGGGAGAUGACGUAUAGAGAUAUCACGGAGAAGGACCUGACGAGGAUCGACGCCCUGCUGGACAGCCGGAGAUGACUCGAGUCGCAUUUUUUUCUGUAACUGUUGCCGGGUAAUCCUGCCUUAGAGCUCCAUGCCUGAGUCUGUUUUGAUUGCCGGAUUUCCAGUCAAAGUAACAUCUUGUCUCAUAAAGAAGCGGAGUG